CAGAGCGGCGACGAGCGGCGGGGCCGGCCCGGGAAGCAGCAGGCGGCGAGCGGCGGGGCCGGCCCGGGGAGCCAAGCGGCAGGAGCGGCCCAGCGGCGGGGCCGGGCCGGGCCGGGCCGCGCCGGGCCGGCAGCGCCUCCGCACAGACUCACCACAGAGAUGCCUGCCUGGCUACCCUGCUGCUUCCCGGCCCCAGCGCUUGCUGCCCUCUGAUUGCAGAUAACAAACACAAGACAGGAGUUCCAAACACGUGGUAAGAAAUCAAAAGCAACUGGCCUUUCUUGAGUUCUCAGAACGUCAUCAAGUCCUUGGUGCAUUAUCAGGAUGCAUUAGGAAACUGGACACAGUGCCAAAAGGACUCCAUGCAUUUCCAUUACUCCCUUGGACCCUGACUCAAACCCUUUUGGAUAUAGUUUUGUGUUCUGAGGAGGAGAGAGCAUACUCCAGUCCCUUUCUGCCAGCUCGCUGGCAGACACAUUUCACUAAGACCAUGGACCAUCCUAAUAGGGAAAAGGAUGAAAGGCAGCGGACAACGAAAGGAAUGCCGGGAAGGAGCGGGCACGGAUCUCGACCAAGCUCAUCGGCGUCUUCUGGUGUUCUUAUGGUGGGACCCAACUUUAGAGUGGGCAAGAAGAUCGGGUGCGGGAACUUCGGAGAGCUCAGACUAGGAAAAAAUCUCUACACCAAUGAGUAUGUGGCCAUCAAAACUGGUGAGUGGGGGGAUUCAGGGGAACCAAUAAAAUCCCGCGCUCCCCAGCUUCACUUGGAGUACAGGUUUUAUAAACAACUCGGAAGUGCAGCUGAAGGGCUCCCCCAGGUGUAUUACUUCGGACCAUGUGGAAAGUACAACGCCAUGGUACUAGAACUGCUUGGUCCUAGCUUGGAAGAUCUGUUUGACCUCUGUGAUAGGACGUUCACUCUGAAGACGGUAUUAAUGAUAGCCAUCCAGCUGAUAUCUCGGAUGGAGUAUGUGCACUCAAAGAACCUCAUCUACCGUGAUGUCAAGCCAGAAAACUUCCUCAUUGGCCGGCAGGGCAACAAGAAAGAGCAUGUCAUCCACAUCAUUGACUUCGGCUUGGCGAAGGAGUAUAUUGACCCAGAAACCAAAAAACACAUUCCGUACAGGGAACACAAGAGCCUGACUGGGACGGCGAGAUAUAUGUCCAUCAACACGCACCUGGGCAAAGAGCAAAGCCGCCGUGAUGACUUGGAAGCACUCGGCCAUAUGUUUAUGUAUUUCCUCCGAGGCAGCCUGCCUUGGCAAGGACUGAAGGCUGACACCUUGAAAGAGAGGUAUCAGAAGAUUGGGGAUACCAAGAGAAACACUCCAGUCGAAGUUCUCUGCGAGAACUUUCCAGAGGAGAUGGCCACGUACCUCCGCUACGUGCGGCGGCUGGACUUCUUUGAGAGACCCGACUACGACUAUUUACGCACCAUUUUCACAGAGCUGUUUGAAAAGAAAGGCUACACCUUUGACUAUGCCUACGACUGGGUUGGCCGGCCAAUUCCUACUCCAGUGGGAUCCGUUCACGUAGACUCUGGGACAUCUGCAGUCACAAGAGACAGCCACGUCCACAGGGACCGCCCAUCACAGCAGGCCCUUCGCAAUCAGGCAUCAUCGGAUCGCCGAGGGGAGUGGGAGAUCCAGCCCAGCCGGCAGACCAGUACCUCCUACCUGACAGCUCAUCUGGCUGCAGACCGGCACGGAGGAUCAGUACAGGUGGUUAGCUCAACCAACGGGGAGCUGAACGUGGACGACCCAACGGGAGCACACUCCAAUGCGCCCAUAACAGCGCAGGCAGAGGUGGAGGUGGUGGAGGAGACUAACUGCCUGAAAAUGCUCAACUUGUGGUGCUGCUGCUUCUUCAAGAGGAAACGGAAGAAGACGGCUCAGCGUCACAAGUGAUCGGUGCCUCCUGGGCCUUGCAGGAACCACCGUGCCUGCAGCUUCUGCCCUGUCUCACUGGAAGGGGCUUCUCUUUAGGGGGGAGGAGGAGGAGGCAUAGGA